AUGGAGGGCACACCCCACCUUCUCCCUUCUCCUCUCAGCGCCUUCUCUCUCUCACCCCUCUCUCCCCCCGCCCCACUAGGUCAACGGCAUGUGCAGCAAGCACCACCCCCACCUCGUGAAGCUCUUGGGAUACUGUAUGGACGAGAGGCAGGAGCAUUUACAAAGCAACCCACUGCUGCUGGCCCUCUCGUUAUUCUCAAGGAUAAACAGCAGGAGAAGCAGCAGCAGGAGCAAUGGAAGCAUGAGGGGAGCGAGGAGCAGGAGUGGCAGCGGUGGGGGGAAGGGUUCUGCUGGUGGUUUUGCGGCUCCUCGCCCCUUUCCCUGCUGCAACGUCUGGAUAUUCUGAUCGGGGUGGUACGUGGAUUGGAGUAUCUUCACGGUUUUGGCAUCGUGCAUCGGGACAUCAAGCCAGCCAAUAUACUGCUGGAUGGGAACAUGCAGGCCAAAAUCGCAGAUUUCGGGCUGCUACGACCCAACCCCAUACCACCCCAGCAGCACCAUCACAUCAACAUGGCAAGCAGUCCAGCCACGGCUGUUACCAUCAGCAGAAGCAGUGGCGAUGGCAGCAGCAGCAGCAGGAGCAGUACAGCGAGUGGAGUAUGGGAGUCGACUCGGGUGGUGGGCACACCUGGCUUUGUUGACCCGGCCUACUUUGAGUCACACAAGGCCACCCCUGCAGCUGACGUGCACAGCUUCGGAGUGGUGAUGCUGGUGCUGCUAACAGGGCGCAAGGCAAUCAUACCGGUAGAGAGAGACGAUGGCUUCGGGCCCGUGGAGCAUGUGAACGUCAAACACUGGGUGAGCAUGUGA